AAACACACGGGCCGGGCGCACCCUGCAGCCGAGCCGCUCCGCGGCCUUCCGGCGCGAGGGCCGGGGAACCUCCUCCCCUCCUGGGCACCCCCCGCCUUCGCGGCCCAGAUCCUCCCGCCAGCCCGGCCCCUCCUUCGCAGGGGGAGCGAGGCGACGGUUGCCGGGAAGCGCGCGCCACCUCUCCCUCCCAUUCUUCGUCCUCCCCUCGCGCGCCACCCGUUUUUCCUCUUUCUCCGUUAAUAACAGCUGGGUGGCUGGGGGAGGAGGGAAGGUGGCCCCGGCGGAGUCUGGGCGGGCGCCUCCCACUCAGCCGCCAGCCGCCGUGGGAGCCGGAGGAUGGCGGCGGUAGCAGCGGCCGCCCGAGAGGAGGCGGUGCCGAGAUCGGGGGCGCCGAGCGCGGCAGCAGAGAGCGGUAGCGGCCCGUCGUGGCGCACCAGAACCGAAACCAGCGGCAGCCGCACGGCCACUUGAGCCGCCCCUUCCUGCUGGAGCCAGCGAGGGGUGCCUGCAGCCGGGACCCCUUCCUCUCCGCGUCUCCUCGUCUCCCGCGUCCGCGUCAGGCCGUCGGCCUCGCCCGCCGCCCCAAGAAGAGCGCGCCGGGCGCCGACUGCCCCUCUGGACGCCGGGCGGCGGCCCUGGACGUGCGGGGGCCUCUCUGGGCCGGCCGCGGCGCCUGGGCCCUGCCCUCUAGCUCCCGCGCUCGCUCCCGCCCUCCCGGCUCUCGGGGCGCAGCGCGCGGGCCCGGCCCGGGGCAGGGCGGACAUGGGCGCCAAGCAGAGCGGCCCGGCCGCCGCUAACGGCCGCACGCGCGCGUACUCGGGCUCGGAUCUGCCUUCCAGUAGCAGCGGAGGCGCCAAUGGGACCGCGGGCGGCGGCGGGGGCGCUCGGGCCGCCGCCGCGGGGAGGUUCCCGGCUCAGGUGCCCAGCGCGCACCAGCCCAGCGCCUCCGGCGGCGCCGCGGCGGCCCCGGCGGCCCCGCGCAGCCGCUCCCUCGGCGGGGCCGUGGGGAGCGUGGCGUCGGGGGCCCGCGCGGCACAGUCCCCCUUCAGCAUCCCGAACAGCAGCAGCGGCCCGUACGGCUCGCAGGACUCGGUGCACAGCAGCCCUGAGGACGGCGGCGGCGGCCGGGACCGGCCGGUGGGCGGGAGCCCCGGCGGGCCGCGCCUGGUGAUCGGCUCCUUACCAGCUCACCUCUCGCCGCACAUGUUUGGAGGAUUUAAGUGCCCUGUAUGCUCAAAAUUUAUACCCUCAGAUGAAAUGGAUUUGCAUCUUGUAAUGUGUUUAACAAAGCCACGAAUAACCUAUAAUGAGGAUGUACUGAGUAAAGAUGCUGGGGAAUGUGCAAUAUGCCUUGAAGAAUUGCAGCAGGGAGAUACUAUAGCACGACUGCCUUGUCUAUGCAUAUAUCAUAAAGGCUGCAUAGAUGAAUGGUUUGAAGUAAAUAGAUCUUGCCCUGAGCACCCUUCAGAUUAAGCGUCAGCUUCCUGUUUUAUAGGUUUUCUUGUCUUGACAAGAUGCUUGAAAAACCAAGAGGAUAUGAAAAUCUGUCUCUGGAGAAACAAAGACGCAGACAUACUCAGCCAGAAAUCUGAGUUUUGUGAGACUUGGUAAUACAGAGAUGGACAAUCGUACUGGGGUAAAAAAACCCUGCUGAAGAGAGGACAGUGACCACAGAACUCAGUGUACCAAACAUGCAUACAAAGGACACACAGGGAUUUUGAAAAUGCUGCACAUCCCUUAAUAGUCAUCUACAUAGGUAAUACUGAUAAACAUUUUGUAUUCAGACGCCAAAGUUAACUGAUUUAAAAGUUGAUUUACUUUUUAUUAAGUUCUCCAGAGCUGCACAACUAGUUAUGUUUUGAUUUGUUUUGUUUUUUAAUUUGGGGUCUCUUUGUUUUCCCCAACAUAAUGUUUCUGCAUUCAUCUGUUCUUAAAUUGAAAAACAUAUAAUUUACUUCUUAUAAAUUGAAGUCUUAAAUGUGAAACCAAGAAAUGUAAUCAAGCAGUAAAAACAUUAUCUGAAUGUAGACCAUGAUCUCAAGUUCUUCCAUUUUCUCCCCCACGAGUGGAAAAUAGACUUCUACAUAGGAAAGCUAAAAUAUGUUAAUAUUUUUAAAUUAAAGGUUUAAUAUCAGAAUGCAGUCCAAAGAGCAAAUCACAUAAUUACAUUUUAAUUAAAUAUAGAAUAUUCUACUGAAUUGCAAUUUAUUAAAUAUUCUUAUCCUCUUAAAUAAAACUGCUCAACAGUUAAUCAGCAGUGAAUCAUCUUGCAGCUAUGCAAUUAAAAAAAAAAUACAGAUUACCAAUUUCAAGUGCUGCCAGCUAAAAUAACUGUUUUAACGGGUAUCUUUUGUUUGUUCUUUUCACUUAAUUAUUUUAUUGUGCUUUGCAUCUCCAGGCAGUUCUCUCACAUUUGGGUAAAAUGUUUAGCAGGCUGUAAACUUAAGAAAAGGGUAAAAUAAAAUUUUCUGGAGUGGAA